AUGGCUCCGAUUCAACUUGGCUACUGGAGUAUUCGUGGGGUUCAUCUACAAAAUCGAACCUACUUGAAUAUUUUCUGUUUAUCGCAGUUAGCGCAACCUAUCCGCCUUCUGCUCGAGUAUGUCGGAGAAGAUUAUCAAGAAAAGAGAUUCGGAAAAGGUGAGUUCGAAGAAUGGAAAAAAAUAAAAUACAAUCUUGGCAUUGGCUUUCCCAACCUUCCAUAUAUCAUCGACGGAGAUGUAAAGCUCGCCCAGUCAAGCGUUAUUCUGCGUUACCUGGGUGAGAAACAUGGUCUCGGAGGCAAGGGCGCGAAAGAACAGGCUGAAAUUGCCAUGGCUGAAGCCGCGAUCAAAGAUAUACGAAUUGCUUUUGGCCGCAUUGCUUACAGCUCAAACUACAUCACAUACAUAGACUUUUUACUCUACGAAAACCUCUGUGUUUUUCAAAUGUUCGAGCCUUCCACCUUUAAGAAGCAUCGCAAUCUCAAGCAGUACAUCGAACGCUUUGAGGCGCUGCCAAAAAUUAAAGAAUAUAUGGCCACGGAACGGUUUAUCAGUUGGCCUCUCAAUGGAUGGUCUGCAAGCUUCGGUGGUGGUGAUGCCCCUCCAAAGUAA